GUCGGGGUUUCAACCUGAAGCAGUCUUCUUGUUGAUUGGGAGCAAACCCAAAAUCUGCUUUUCCCUUGAAUCUCCAUUUCCUCUCCAACCCGCUCAAUUUUUGUAGAUCAAACGAGUUAAAUUUUCGCUGGGAACCAAAAGGUAGAAAGUGAUAGAGAAAAAUGAUGUCCCCAAAUCAUAUACCGGAAAAUCGUAGCCCUUCCCGCCCGGCCACUUUCAGGCAAACUCCCUUGAAGGUCAUCCAUGUCUUUGGUAACUUUAUGAGAAUUUGGUCGAUCUACUCCGUCUACCGCUAUUUGUCUCAAACAGGGGCUUCAGUUGUUUUGUUUAUAUUCAGCUGUCUUGUUCCAUCUUCCAUUCUGUUUUUACUUAUGCAAAAACCAUGGAAGGGCAGACCUCUUUCCAAUACGCAGGUAGUGCCUUCUGUGAUAAAUGGUGGUAUAACUGCCCUAUACUUCAUCUUAUGGGGAAAGGGGCUUCGAUCUUGUGGUCCUCUCAGGAUCAUAUUGGCGGAGUAUUCAGGUGCUGUCCUUGGAGUGUUAUCUGCAGUCUUGUAUGGAAGGAGAGAUCGUGUUUGGAGAAAGGUCGGGGGCCUCCUUGCAAUGUUAGCAUCUUUUUACUUUUUGUCUCAAGGAUGGGCCUCAGCUUCACAAUCUCCUCUUUCAUUUAGUGAUAAUGAAGAUGCAGACGUCCAGCCUGAAGAAGUUUUAGGUGUUAAACAGAUGCUAAUUCCCAUAUUUGCUGGAAUUUUAUCAGCAUUAAGGAGAGUGAUCGCAAGACGUGUCUCACUUAAGAAUCAACUUAAAAGACGGUUGAAUGCUGUAACCAUUGCUUCUGCUACCUGUUUUCUCUUCCCUGUUGCCAUGUGGGACAUGAUCAUUGGGUCUACAAAUGUGGAAUUGCCAUUUUCUAUGUGGGCUUUUUCAAGCUUUGUCGUUUUUGGAAUUAUUUUGAUAUUUUAUGUGGACAGUAUUGCAGAAGAGAGAUUGAAUAUGGUGUUCUCAUCUCCAAGACAUUUGCUGGUUGCUGGUGGAUGCAUCAUUGUGAUGGAUAUUGUGUACAAAAUGGAUUUCUCUUUGCCUGGCUUUUUACUUUGUGCAGCCAUUUUGGGCUUUGGGAUACAUGAAGCAACUUCUUUGGAUCGUAUGAGGAAAGAUUCAUUGCAAAGUUCAGUUAUAUCAGAUGAAGCUUAUGAGGACCAAAUUCAUAUGUCACCACUUCCAACUUAACAUGUGGACAACUGCUGAGGCAAGGCUCGGGGUGAUUAAGAGUGGCACAUAUUUUAUCUGACUCCAAAAUUUGCAGUAUCUAGCUCAAAGUUGGCAGUAUCUUGCUCAAAAUUUGCAAAGAACAUUUGUGACUGCAAGGAUCUUUCUGCUGAUUGAGUAAGAUGGGACUACAAAUAUGCUAGGAAGCAUGCUAGUUUUGUAGUUCAAGAUAUUGAUUAUGGUACAUAUGUAGCCACUGCAAUCUUUGGUCUUUUCAGUCUUAGAGGCUAUUUUUUAUUUCUGAAAAGGAUCUGUAAAGACCAAUGCUGCACUGCAAAUCUUCCAGAUCGAACAGUUCCAUAGUUCCCAAUUGCGCUAUCUUGGUAUUGUUGUUCUUCAUUUUUUUUUUGUUCUAGACUUGUGAAGUAAUAGACUCCUGUUGCUAGA